UCCGGUUCGGUGGGUCGGAGAUGACGGAGCCGGGCGCCUCUCCCGAGGACCCCUGGGUCAAGGCAAGCCCCGCGGGCGCGCACGCCGGCGAGGGGAGGGCGGGGCGGGCUCGGGCACGUAGGGGGUCCGGAAGACGAGGGGACUCCCUGCAGUCCCUAGCGCUCCCCCCGCUCUCCGGGCCCCGGGGCUGCAGAGAAGACAGCUCGCACCCCGCGUGUGCCAAGGUGGAGUAUGCCUACAGCGACAACAGCCUGGACCCCGGGAUUUUUGUAGAAAGCACUCGCAAGGGAAGUGUAGUGUCCAGAGCUAAUAGCAUCGGUUCCACCAGUGCCUCUUCUGUCCCCAACACAGAUGACGAGGACAGCGAUUACCACCAGGAAUCCUACAAGGAGUCCUACAAGGACCGGCGGCGGCGCGCGCACACUCAGGCCGAGCAGAAGAGGAGGGAUGCCAUCAAGAGAGGCUAUGACGACCUACAGACCAUCGUCCCCACCUGCCAGCAGCAGGACUUCUCCAUUGGCUCCCAGAAGCUCAGCAAGGCCAUCGUUCUGCAGAAGACCAUUGACUACAUCCAGUUUUUGCACAAAGAGAAGAAAAAGCAGGAGGAGGAGGUGUCCACGUUGCGCAAGGACGUCAUGGCCCUAAAGAUCAUGAAAGUGAACUAUGAGCAGAUAGUGAAGGCACACCAGGACAACCCCCAUGAGGGGGAGGACCAGGUCUCUGACCAGGUCAAGUUCAACGUGUUUCAAGGCAUCAUGGACUCCCUCUUCCAGUCCUUCAACGCCUCCAUCUCUGUGGCCAGCUUCCAGGAGCUGUCGGCGUGCGUCUUCAGCUGGAUUGAGGAGCACUGUAAGCCUCAGACCCUACGGGAGAUUGUGAUUGGUGUCCUGCACCAACUGAAGAACCAGCUUUACUGACCAGCUCUUGGAACCUGCAGAACAGCCAGCAAGAGGCCUUGACUUUCCUACCUGGCCGUGGAGCCACUGGGCUUGUGAGACUGGACUGUGACACUGCACAACGGUCAGCUUCUUGGUGUUUGGCUCCCCACCCCUCCCAUCUUCAGUGGGGGAGGGUUUAUUAUGAAAGCUUUAAUUUAUUAUGUUGACCGUAUCUCAAACCUGCCUGGUCUCCCCUUCUCCCUGUAGAAGUCCUCAGGAUGGGGGGGGUCUGCUCUGGGCACCCCAAAGAGCUCGUGGCCGCUCCUCGUUUUCUAAGCCUCAGAUUUCUGCUCAUACUUGGCAACUACCAUUUGCAUGUUUUGGUCUCUUCAGUAACUUUUAGCCCAGGUUUGGCCAUUCUGGUGGUAGUUUGGCCAUGAAGGGUGAAAGGUCACCUCAUGCCUAGGCUACGGCUGCCUGGUCAGCCCGAGGCAUGGUCCGAGCUUUCUCUAGCCAGCUCAGGGCAGGGCUGCCCGGUUCCUGCCCUUGCCGCCUGUUCCACUGCCUUUGCCGCCUCCCCACCCACCCCACCUGCUCUGUCCCCACAGGCAGUAGCACUGUGCAACGAAGUCAAGUGACAGAACACUACAUGUUAAAUUUUUUUUUAAUUUUUCUAAACAACAAUGCAAUUUUGCUAACGUUAUAAUUUUGGAAAACUAACUGGCCUCAAGGCCACUUGUGGCCUGUCAAGUGUAUCUGGUUCUCGGCUGUCUCGGUGCCACCUGCAUGAGAAGUUACCCAGGACUUGGGGUGGGGGAAGGGGUUGGAGAAGCUACUCUCCGGGUCUUCCGGAGCAGAGGGGCCAGGCCAGUCCUGGGUGAGGCCCGGCUCCCUGAAUGCGUGUACAGUAGCCUCUCUUUACUCUUGCCCCCCGAGUUCCCUUUUGCCUUCCUCAGAUUUGAUGUCCGGGAGGUUUGAUUAUCCAGAGGAAAUGAAAUAUUUUUAUAUCAAAUUAUAUAACAAUAAAUAUUGCCAAAUGCUUUCCUCGA